AGCCGCAAAACGGGCGAGGAAGCAGAACGGGCAGGAAUACGAUGAUCGCGGACAUCCGUAAAGCGAACUCCGUGGCCAGCUGUGUUCGAGCCGAAGCGGCGAUCUACCCAGACUCCCCGGUAUCCUCGGCACCGGAGAACGGCCAGCUUCUCCUGCGCAGCAGCGCGUGCACGAGAGGCACGAGCACGAGCGCGUCCAGCACCAACGCAGACCGAGGCAGCACGGACAGCGCCUCCGCGGCGUCUCGCGCCAUGACCUCUGGGUGCGAAUUCCCGGCGUCUGCACCGCCCUUCGUCGCGCGCUCCGCCAAGAACCUUUUCUACAAGCUGCUGUGCUUCGGCUUGCUCGUGCUGCAGGGCGGCAUCCUGGACUUCUACCUCAUAGCGUUCACCGACCUCUACUGGUGCUCAUGGAUCGCCACGGACCUCGUGGUGGUCUCCGGCUGGGCCAUCUUCUUCGUCCGGAACGCUCGGAGCAAGCGCGAGCGAGCGUGCGGGUUCCGCCAGAAGAGCUCGCUGUUCGGUUGUCACCUGGGCGAGUUCGCGUUCGCGCACCUCGCGUGGCUGGUCUACGUGAUCGCGUGCGCGCCCAAGGUGGCGCUCGUUCUUCAGACGUCCAUCCUGGAGCUGGUGGCGCGCGAAGUGCCGCUGGGCGCAGCCGGCUUUGAGGCCACCGCGCUGCUCGCUGCGCCGCUGCUCUUCUGCCUCAUUAACUCGCUGGUGGAGGAUCCGCACGGCGCGCCGCGCUACCAUUCGCAGAGCUGCUUCGUGAGCACAUGCGUGGACGUGCUGGAUAGCUUCACGCUUGUCGAUUUGCUGCUUGUGCAGAACGAGAUCCCGAACAACGCGUACCUGAAGUACGGUGUGAUGGCGGCCUACCUGGUGGCCCUGGCCGUGCCGGUGCUCUGGCUCUACGAGCUUUCCGCUGCGUCGCGGAUGCGCUGCCGCUGGAUGUGCGCGCGGUUCCUGAGCGGCGUGCUGCUCGACGCGCCUCUGCUCGCUGUCAGAUGCCUGCUCGUACUGCUCUACGGCAUGCCCGUGCCACUUUUCAUGUUCAAGAACGUCUUUUUCUUAGCGUGCAAGUGCCUGGAGUUGGUCGAGCAGUGCGCCAGUCUGAGGAGCGCGCGCAAACUGGCGCGCAGAGGAGACCCGGCGCAAUUCUCCCACUGCGUCUCAGAGAACGACAUGUGUCCGCGUGGCUACGUCAACACACUGGCUGUCAACACCCAGCCCUGAAAAAAAAAAAAAAAAGGGGACUCGGAUUUACAGUAUAUUCCCAAGAACUCACCAUAUAACCAGCCUUACAAAACGCCGUCGCAAGACCAACAGGUGCUACAACCAAACACAUCAACAUGGCCCUGAAAAAGGCACAAUUUCAAAUGGCGGCCGCCCCUCCUUCCUUCCCUCCCUAUACGGUCCAAGUGUUUACAAGGGUGUGAAAUAAUCCCUUUUAGACAUCCUCAUCGGAUCUGUCUGCAGGUCCCAGAAAGCUCGAGUCCCUUACUGAAACUUGAGGAGCUGUGAGUCAGCAUGGCUUGGGCACCUUGGCAUUUACCUUGUUAGCCAGUAGCCAAACCUAACAGUGUUUCUUUCGAAGAUCAUAUUCAAGGAAAACUCCACCCUUGAAAUAUUUGUGAUGUGCUGAUAAUUUGUUGUUUGGUGCUGGUUUUUUUUCCUUCUUCUUCUUCUUCUUCUGAACAUUUAAUAGUACUGUGUCUCUCUGAAGAAGUCACGGGGGGAUAUUGAUAAGGUGGUUAAAAUGGCAAUUAAUGGAACAUUUUCAUAAAUCUCAAACAUACAUGCUAACCCGGGGGUGGCACGGUGGUGUAGUGGUUAGCACUGUCGCCUCACAGCAAGAAGGUCCGGGUUCGAGCCCCGUGGCCGGCGAGGGCCUUUCUGUGCGGAGUUUGCAUGUUCUCCCCGUGUCCGCGUGGGUUUCCUCUGGGUGCUCCGGUUUCCCCUACAGUCCAAAGACAUGCAGGUUAGGUUAACUGGUGACUCUAAAUUGACCGUAGGUGUGAAUGUGAGUGUGAAUGGUUGUCUG